CGGGCAGGAGCUGGGGCUGUCCCGGCAGUGCCGCCUGCGGGGCAGGUGCCCGGGUGAACCAGAAACUGCGGGUUUGGGGCCGUGGGUCCCCCUGCCGCCCCCAUUCCCGGGCGGCAGCACCCGUCCGGGGACAUUGUGCUUUCCCGUCCACUCCCCCCGCUGCUGGGCUGCCUGCCCUCCACGCAGGAGACAAGGGAUUUCACAACCCAGCCCAGACAGGAUUAAAGAGAAAUACACAAGUAAACAAAUCUCGGCCUCGUAACGCUGGACGUGCCGUUCAGGGAGUGGAUCCUCCAGGCCGGUGGUCAAACUGCCCCUGUCAGAGGAAAGGAGUUGCUUCCUGUUAUUUCCAUUGAAAUCCUUGUCCCGGUCGUUAGCCGGCAGGCUUUGGCAGGAUGGCACCGCGCACGCACAUGAGCUCCGGCCGUCUCUCCCAAGGGCUCCUGCUGCUCUGCGUGCUCCUGGGGACUGGCCUUUGUCACACAGACACUGUGACAACAAACUUCAGCCAGGACACUGGGACAAGCCCACCCACAGCCACAUCCAGCUGGAUAGCCCAGCCCAUGGAGAGGAAUUACACCGCCAUCACACAGCACUGCUGGGAUUACUUUGUCUCCCUGAUGAGGAAUGUGCUGACAUCGGAGCUGUGCGAGUGGAAAGUCAUCAGCAGGCCCUACAGCGAGCUGCAGCUCUGCCUGGAGGAGUGGGCAGAGCGCCUCAACCACAGCUACCCCAACGCCCUGGCCGAGCAGUACAUCUUCCAGAGCCACCACCUCUACUUCCACAACUGCACCCUGGAGCACCCGGUGUACUUCGACCCUCCCGAAGAUGUGCUCCUGGCCAUGAUCAUCGCACCCAUCUGCCUCAUCCCCUUCCUUGUCACCCUGGUCAUCUGGCGCAGCAAGGACGGCAAGCGCAGGCUUAGAGCUGCCCUCCCGGACCACCGGCUGCGGGACCGCCCGACCGCCCCGGUGGCUCUCGGUGCCACCGACCCGCGCUGCGGAGGCGGCCGGUUCCUCCCGCGCCUUCCCCUCCUCGCGGCCCGGCAUUAAACGCUUCUCCCCCCA